CAUGGCUGGGCGCCGAGGAUCUGUCUGAUGGUUCCCAGGCCGCGCUGAUGCUGCUCUGCCAGAAGAGAGAUGGGGAAAAGAUACUUCUGUGACUAUUGUGACAGGUCCUUUCAGGACAACCUUCACAACAGGAAGAAACACCUUAAUGGAGUGCAGCAUCUCAGGGCUAAAAGAGUCUGGUAUGACUUAUUCCGAGAUGCUGCCGCUAUCCUGCAAGAGGAGCAAACCAAGAAACCUUGUCGGAAAUUUCUACAAACAGGACAGUGUGAUUUUGGGUCCAACUGCAGAUUUUCCCACAUGACAGAGCAGGACCUGGAGAAGCUGAGUGCCCAGGUUCAAGGGGAGCAGAGAUCGAAGGAGCUGCGGCAGGAGGGAGCAGAUGUCCCGCCUGGCACCAUUGAGGACUGGCUGGAGAAGAGAGCAAAGAGACUGAGCAUGGCUCAGAGUAACAGUGCUCUGCCUGAGAAGCCAGCACCUUUCCAGUACCCGCCAGGCUGGCCGCCAGUGCAGGAUCUGCCCCCAUCCCUGCAGGCCCCCCCACCUGGAGGGUGGCCAGCCCCCCCUAACCUGCAGUGGGGCUGAGGCACAGGGACCCCCACAGAGGUUGUGCUGGAGAUGAACUGCUUCCUCGCCUGUUCUAAGAAAGGGACAGAAUUAUUUAUAUACACUUUUAUAUCAAUAAAAGCCCUCCCCC